AUGUCUGGGACAACUGCUACAAGCGAUACGAGCACGAGCGAUCUGGGGGAUGACGGGAGCUUUGUGGAAAAGUAUAUCUGGGUGAUCGUCAUCGCUACCGUCCUCAUCCUCGCUUCAGGCCUCACCUGCGGCCUCCUUCGCAAAUACCACAAACGCGGCCGCAUGACAGUCUGGUCUAUGCGACCGCACUGCCGGGAAUGCCACACCAAGCUCGCUAGCAAGAGCACGAGUACGAGCGCGGGCGACUAUGGGCUGCAUAAGCUGUGGUGCUGCAAGGCGAAAGUGUAUUGGUGUGAUGAUUGUGAUAAGAAGGCGAGGAAAGAGGGGUAUGCUUGA